AUGUCCGAGUCGAAUAACUUCGCUAUCCAAGGUUAUAAUCUUUCUAAGCUACUCAAAAGACUAGAAGAUGCAACCGCACGUUUAGAGGAUGUAACCUUAUAUCAAGAAGGUUACAUCCAGACAAAAAUUAACAAAUUAAGCACGAAUGUAGGUGUCCAAGAAGGAAGUUCGCUUCAAACUCAGCCUUCUCUCCUCGAAACAAAACAACAGGACGCUGAUACUAAUCCUGAGGCUCUCAUAGAGGAGCCUAAAUCUAUUAAAGAAUUUGUAAAUCUGAUUAAGAACAGCGUUGAUCCCUUUUACGAACUCUCAGGACAGAUUGACCCUGUUGUCAAGGAGGCGGUUGGUUAUUUCAAAGGCGCAUUUGAGGGUCAAUUGAACUUUCUCAGAGCUGCGGUGCUUUCUAAGAAGCCAGAUAUGACAUCUGACGCGUUCGUAGCUUCUUUGAAGCCAAUUAAUGAAAGUAUUAUGGCAAUUGGAGAACUAAAGGACAAGAAUCGUCAAAGCAAGUUUUUUGCGCAUCUCAAUGCUGUUGCAGAAGGAUCGCCUAUGUUUAGUUGGAUUGCUGUUGAUACUCCUGUUUCCAUAAUUAGCGAUUUCAAAGACGCAGCCCAAUUUUGGACAAACAGGGUAUUGAAAGACUUUAAGGAAUCAGACCCAAAUAGUGUCGAAUGGGUCAAAAAGUUUUUAGCCAUCUUUGACGAAUUGAAGAGCUACAUCAAGGAAUAUCAUACUACAGGUCCAUCAUGGAACGUCAAAGACGGUAUUGAUUUCGCAGAAGCAGUCCAGAAAGUGAAUGCCGGAACCUCUGCUUCUUCUAACUUAGAACCACCAGUUGCCCCAUCUGGCGGUAGUACAGCAGGACCUCCACCGCCACCCCCUCCUCCAGCUCCACCUUCUUCCGUCUUUGAAGUCAAGGAAGAUAAGAAAACAGAGUCGGGCAUAGGCGCCGUUUUUGCUGAGCUGAAUCAAGGUGAAGGAAUCACCAAGUCCUUGAAAAAAGUGGACAAGUCUCAACAGACCCAUAAAAAUCCAGAGCUACGUGCAUCUUCAACAGUAUCAUCUGCGUCAGCCAAGGCUCCCCCACCAAAGCCUAAAAAGCCAACAACUUUGAAAACCAAAAAGCCUCCUAAAAAAGAACUAAUUGGUAAUAAAUGGUUCGUUGAAAACUUUGAAAACGAAGAAACUCCUAUCGUAAUCGAGGGUAACAGGGAUGAGUCGAUUUUCAUUGGUAAUUGUUCAGGCGUUUUAGUUCAAAUUAAGGGCAAAGUCAAUGCCAUUACGCUAAAUGCUACGGAUCAAUGCAGUGUUGUUUUGGAAAGCAGUAUAUCUGGAAUGGAUAUCAUAAAGUCUAUCAAAUUCGGUGUGCAGGUUGAGCAAUCGUUACCGCAAAUCAGUAUUGAUAAAAGUGAUAAUGGAAGCAUUUACCUCAGUAAGGACUCCCUCAAUACUGAAGUCUACACGUCCUGUUCGACUUCUAUCAAUGUAAAUCUACCAGUCGGUGAAGAUGGGGAUUACGUUGAAUUCCCAGUACCAGAACAGCUCAAGCACACCUUUACAGAUGGAAAAUUAUCCACAUCUGUUUACGAGCAUGCAGGUUAG